AUGCCUCUGAGGAGAAACAACAACAUGCCUCUCGAUGAAGUGUAUGAACGAGAGUUGGAGCAGCGACUUAUGGCGAGAGUGGAUGAGCGGUUGGAUCAAGUGGUCGAUCAGUUGACUGACCGGAUGGGCGACUUGAUCAAUCGAAGGAGGCAGAGACCCAAUGACGGGUAUGGUUCUGAACUUAGUAACCCAUUUGGUGAUGAUUCGACUUCCGAUGACGAACGGGAGGGGCAACCAAGGGGUGAACGUGGAGGGGGUAACAGGCGUUGGGAUUCUGGGAUAAGAGUUGAUAUUCCGAAAUUUGAUGGGUCUAGUUUGAAUCCGGAGGGGUUCAUCGAUUGGUUGGCUAUCGUAGAGGAGGUGUUCGAGUACAAGGAGGUGCCUGAAAACAAGCGGGUGGCCUUGAUCGCUACCAGACUACGUGGUAGGGCCUCUGCGUGGUGGCAACAAUUAAAAUUAACACAGAAUAGACUCGGGAAGUCAAGGAUCGUGACGUGGGCCAAGAUGAAAAAGUGCCUGCGGUCCAAUUUUUUGCCUCAUAAUUUUCAAAGGUUGAUGUACCAGCGUCUGCAGAAUUUGAAACAGGGGGCUAAAUCGGUUGAUGAUUAUACAACGGAGUUUUACCAGUUGAUUGCGAGGAAUGAUAUUCAAGAACCGGAGGAACAACUUGUUUCUCGGUAUAUUGGGGGUCUAAGGGUUCAGAUCAUGGAGGCCGUGAAUCUUUUUGAUCCGUUAACCAUUCCUGAGGCACAUCCACGGGCGUUGGCCUUUGAGAAGCAAAACCGUCGGGUGGGCGGUUCAUUUACCCCCGCUGGGGGAAACGUUGGGUCAGGCAGUGGGGCACCUCGUGGCGGGCCUAGUCAGGGGAAGCCGAGGGGUAGUAAUACCGAGCCUACUUCUAAGGGGGCUAGUAGUAGUGGUCCGAGAUGUUUCAAUUGUGGUGAAACAGGCCAUCGUCAAGCUGAGUGCAAAAAGGCUGGUAAAAGACACUUAUUUGCUAAGUCUGAGGAUGAUCAGUAUGAAGAGUAUGAGAAUAACCCAGUCUACGAUGAAGAAACUGAAUAUGAAGAGGAGGUUGUGACCGGUGAUGUUGGGGUGAAUUUGGUGGUUAGACGUUCUUGCUAUACACCAAAGGCAGAUGGGGAUGACUGGCUGAAGCAUAACAUCUUCCACUCAACAUGUACUAUUUUGGGAAAGGUUUGCACGUUCGUCAUCGAUUCCGGGAGUUGUGACAAUCUGAUUUCUGAAGAGGCAGUCCAAAAGUUGGCCUUGAUGACAGAGAGUCACCCGAAACCGUACAAGCUUCAAUGGCUGAAAAAGGGAGGUGAAGUGACGGUAUCUAAAAGGGCACUUGUUUCAAUUUCCAUUGGGUCCACGUACAAGGAUGAUGUCGUGUGUGAUGUGGUCCCUAUGGACGUGUGUCACUUAUUGUUGGGCAGGCCUUGGGAGUACGAGCGUAAUAUAGAACAUAACGGGCGGUCCAAUACGUAUAGUUUCCUGUUUGGUGGUGUGAAGAUCACUCUUGUUCCUAGCAAGCCUAAGCAGUUAGCCAUGAAACAGUCGGGUACUCUGUUGACCAUUAGUCAGUUUCAAGAUGAGUUGGAGGAAGCAGACAACGUUUUUAUUUUGAUUGGGAAGCCUGUGGCCGAGGAAGUCGACAUUCCUGAAUGUAUGGUUCCGUUAUUCGAGUAG